UGUAGCUUCCAGGACCCGCCAGUCGGCGCUUUUACUUUGAAGUGCGCCGCCCCGCAGCACUGGCGGCUCAUUCCGCGCGGGAGUCGCCUUGAGGAGAGCCGCAGUCGCCCCAUGGCCGCCUGAAACACCGCCAGCAGGACGCGGAGGUGGAGACUAGGAGGCGGGGAGCAGAGCGCUCUUUUCCCCCCUUUUCGAUCCUUCUUUCUCUCGUCUGGACACUUUUUUUUACCCCUCUCUCUCGCCUCGCCAGCACAAGCGUGGACGCAGCGAACGUGGCGGAGCUCGCGGCUGCCGCUGUGGAUUAUAUCGUCCCCUGGAUACAUUCUUACUUUUACUUCAGCAUUUUUAUACUUUUCCAACACAUUUAAGGAGUGAACUCUCGGGGGUCGAUGAGAGAAGUCGGGCUGCCGGAGAAGAAGAAGCUCCCCGCUGUCAUAAGAGAGUGAGGAGAUUACAGGAGAAGCUCGGAAGGCGGAACAACACUCGGGUCUCUCUCCUCCUCCCCGCUGCUUUCAAGAGCCAUGAGCUGGCUGCUCAUGGACCACAUCGCCAGUAGUUUCCGAGAGGAUGCUCCCCGACCCCCGGUGCCCGGGGAGGAGGGCGAGGCGCCCCGCUACCCCUCCAAACGCGCCACGAUGAAACCGACGCCCCCCAAGUCUGUGGAGCUCAUCAGCCCUCCCGGCUCCUCGGCCAGGAGGAACGAGGACGGUCUCGGGGAGCCGGAGGGCAGCGCCUCCCCGGACUCGCCGCUCUCGCGGUGGACCAAAUCCCUGCAUUCUCUCCUGGGCGACCAGGACGGCGCCGUUCUUUUCAGGACAUUCCUGGAAGGGGAGAAGUGCGCCGACACUUUAGACUUCUGGUUCGCCUGCAAUGGCUUCAGGCAGAUGGACCUCAAGGAUGGCAAAACGCAGAGGGUGGCCAAAGCCAUCUACAAGCGCUACAUCGAGAACAACAGCGUGGUGGCCAAACAGCUCAAGCCGGCGACCAAAACCUUCAUCCGGGACAACAUCAAAAAGCAGCACAUCGACUCUGCCAUGUUCGACCAGGCGCAGACGGAGAUCCAGAGCGUCAUGGAGGAGAACGCCUACCAGAUGUUCCUGACGUCGGACGUGUUCUUCAAGUUUGCCAGGAGCGGCGGGGAGAACUCCGGUCACGUCAACCCCAGCAACCUGGGCGACCUGCAGGUCAUGUGCGGAUAUCUGCCCACGCUCAACGAAGAGGAGGAGUGGAGUUUUGACUUCAAAACCAAAGCCCAGACCGCGCUGCUGGUGAAGGCGCAGAGGGUGCACGUGACCACGAGGGGGGCAGAGGUCCUGGAAAGGGGCUUCAGGUCUCACAAGGGAGGAGAUGUGUGUCACAUGGGCUCAUUCGCCCCCGUCAGCAGCACCAACGACAGCGAGGUGUCCAGCGACGCCUUGACGGACGAUUCCCUGUCCGUCACCGACAGCAGUGUCGAUGGCAUCCCUCCUUACAAACUGAGCUCCAAAAAGCAGCUUCACCGGGAGAUGCAGCGAAACGUGAGGAUGAACAGCCAAGUGUCUCUGCCUGCUUUUCCUCGCACCCGUUGUCCUCCCAAAGAAGGGGUCCCGGUGGAGCCGGCAAAGUUUGCGGCCCAGCUCAUUUCCCGCCUGGAGAGCCUGAAGAGGGAACAGGACACCCUCAGCUCCCUGGAGGUGAGGCUGCAGCAGAUUCAGGAGGAGGAAGAGAGAGAGGACACGGAGAUCCCUCCUCAUCCACUCCUCCUCCUGCCCGGCUCCUCCGAGGAGGACCCCCAGGCCAUCCUGGACAAGCACCUCUCGCGCGUCCUCAAGACGCCGGGCUGCCAGUCCCCCGCCGUCAUCUGGCACUCGCCUCGCUCCAGCUCGCCGGAGCACCGACCUUUAGCCCGAGCAGGGUUCGGACUAAAGGCGUCCCUUUCCGGCCCCGAGCAGGGAUCCUUCACGCUCACCUUGGGCCCCGGCGGCACCCUGGUGAGCAGGCAGAGCACCACCAAGCACAUCCACCACCAUUACAUCCACCAUCACGCCAGCCCCAAGACAAAGGAGCAGUUUGAGAGGGAGGCGGCGCUCAGGGUGCACGCUCUGUGCUCCAGCAGCGGCGAGUGCCCGCCCUGCCAGCCUUACCAGCGCAGCCGCAGCCUGGGCCGAGAGACGUGCGCCGUGGUCUCCGCGGACUCCAGCGUGGGGCGAUCCAGCUCUCUGUCCAGACGUGUGUGCCGUUCAGGGGCCGAGGACGGGGUAGCCGAGAGGUGCAUGGAGGACUGCGGGGCCCUCCAGCUACCCAGCAACACCACGGACCCUGCUCAGAACGUCCUGCAGUGGAUCCUGGAAAGCAAACGUCAGGGCAAACACAAGUCAAGCAGCCCCCAAAGCACCAAAAAAGCAUUCGGCGGCUCCUCGACCCAGACUCAUACGUGGGGCGGAGGUGGAAACUGCGCUCACCUGCGAGGCCACCAGCCAUCGCAGCCCUUCAUCCAAGACCCCGCCAUGCCACCGCUGCCCCCUCCUAACACCCUGGCCCAGCUGGAAGAGGCCUGCCGUCGACUGGAGGAGGUCUCCGUCAAGACCACCAAGCAAAGGCAUUCAGUGUCCAAUCUCCAGCGGGACAAGAGCCACCUUGUGCCUUUGCAGAGUGCAGGGUCCACCCCCGUGUCUCCUGCCAACCCUAACCCCACUUCAACCACCAAAAGCAGCGGCGGCCUCUGCCUUCAAUCCAACGACACACCUGAGUGUCGGAAGGGUCCAGCAAGCCAUGGUCUCUGCAGCGGAGAGACGGUGGUCACCUACUUCUUUUGCGGGGAGGAGAUCCCCUACAGGAGGACCAUGAACAGCCACAGUCUCACCCUGGGCCACUUCAAGGAGCAGCUGCGCAAGAAGGGCAGCUACAGGUACUAUUUCAAGAAGGCCAGCGACGAGUUCGAGUGCGGCGCCGUGUUCGAGGAAGUGUCGGACGACUGCUCCUUGCUGCCCACCUGCGAGGGCAAGAUCCUGGGCAAGGUGGAGAGGAUGGAGUGAGAGCACCUCCUCCAAAACAAAAAAGGGGCUGUUGGACUUAAAAAAAAAAAAAAAGAGUGUGGACUUUGCACCAAAGCACUCUUUUAAAAAAAAGGAACUGUAUGGACUCUGAAGGUGAGCGACCACUCGUGAGCGAAGCCCCGCCCCCCCGGCAGGUGUACAUUGCAUCGUAUUGUCAUGUAAAGAUCUUUAUUGUUUAUUUAUUGAAGAGAAGCCCACACUCUGGACUUGCUGCUCGGUAGUGACAAGAACUACUCCACAUUCUUCUUUCCAAGUUGAACAUUACAUUUACUACUGCAGUGCUACUUGUGCCCCCCCCCCCCCCCUGCUAAGAGUGGACCAUAUACGACAAAUAUAAUAUUUAAUUGUGCCCAGCUCGCCUUGAUCUGUCUCGUCUUAGUGCCUUUUGUUUGAGUGGCGCCGGCGUUGCACAAAUAGCCUUCGCACAAGAGGCCGUCAAGACCCCCGCCCCUCUAAAAAUAUACAAUGUGUUUACAUCCCAACAGCAGCUCUACGUUAGCCCCCCCCCCCAUGUGCUUGUUGUGUACGCCAGACUGAGCGGAUUUGUGUGUUGCAAGUGAUGACGAUGUACAUGUCACAUCGAGGACAGCAGCUGUGCCUACAUGGAUUCUUGCCGUGUUUGACCCCGUUCUAAGGGGUCCUGUUACUCCCUUGGUUUUCACAAGGGCCGCCCCCCCCCCCCUCAAAAAAGAUAUUUUUAUGCCAUUUUUAUGAUUAGUAUCUUGUUUCCUCAUCCUUUUUUAAUAUUUUUUCAUGGCUUUCUUCGACUCCACUUAAACUGUAAAUUAUGCGUCCUAUAGAGCUUGGUACUUUUAAUUAUUGUAAUUAUGAAGAGAUGUAGCCUUUAUUAAAUAAAAUGUUCUAUUUUUCAAAUGAGCAAA